UGAAAGCAAAUCCUCAAAACAGCCACUCCACUAUGCAGAAACACGUUCAGUUUUUUCCGUUUUUGAUCAGUUAACGAAUCGAUAAGAACAUGUCGCAAAACAGCCCGGAAGCUUUGGAAGCGCAGGCUAAGAAAGAAAGAGAUGAAACGCAAUUGCGUUUGUCGCUGUUCGUCUGUGCCGUUGUUGCAAUUACAUGGUUCCUGGGAGCUUAUGGAUUUUCCUUCGUAUGGGCAGGGUUUAUAAUACCAUUGAUAUUUACAGUAUGGUAUCGCAAAAAUUGCCGCAUUAUAGACGAUCGUGUCAGAGAAGCAGAAAUAAAAGUACACCGAAGAAAGGCCUUACGGGACGAGGAGACAGCCGAAUGGCUAAACUUUGUUUUGAACCGAUGGUGGAAUUUCAGUGAAGUCUCCCUUUGCAACCUUGUACGCUCCAGUUUGAAUCCUGUUUUGGAGUAUAGCAAACCAUCGUUUAUAGAGACUAUGGAACUAACAGAGUUCAGUUUUGGAAAGAAGACGCCGUGUCUGAAAUAUGUAAAAGUGUUUGAGAAUAUUGAUGAGAACGACUCUCCAGAUAUCCCUGCCUCAGAAUCAACAGCGUUCAACCCACCGAAAGACCUGGCAACAAGGCAGAGACAUCUAUUAGUUCUUGUUAUGGAUCUGUGCUUACACGCACCUGACACAAAAAUCGCUAUAAAAGUGAGAUUGGGUGGAAAAAUGGUUGGUGCAGAUGUUGAUGUUAGUAUCGAGGACUUGUCGUUGUCUGGUCGUGUUCAGAUUGUGUUUGAGAUGGAUCACCUUGUACCAUUUCCACACAUGAAAGCUGUCUCGGUGACUUUCCUUGAAAAACCAGAUGUUGACUUUGAUGUUCGAUUGAUGCGCGCAGUACAAGUGAUGGAUAUCCCCAUGCUGAAAGAUUUCAUCAAUGCCCUCGUUAUGGACAGUUUGACUUACGCACUGGUUGAUCCUGGAAGAAUCGAAGUUCCUCUUCAUGGUGUUGAUCCCGAUGAACUCCUCAGCGCAGCCAAGAAGUCAACUUACGCUGAUGGACUAUUAACAGUCACAUUGAAGGGUGGAAUGCCUCAAAAAUAUACAGACGAUCAGAUUUGGACGUCACUUCAAGUUGGUAACCUUGAUGAGAAAAAUACUGAGAAGAUUCAGGGUGGAACCACAUUCGAGGAGUCAAUAUCCCUACUUAUCUAUGACCUUGCGAAUGAUAAGCUUAAUAUUGAAGUACGCGGCAAGAGGACUUUUGGAACUAAAUAUUCGAUUGCAAAAUACAAGAUGUACCUAGGCAGCCUCGGACUGGAAAAGAAGAAGAAAGUUGACACAACUUUGAGUAAGGAAGGAAUAAAAGGAUCCAAGUUGGAAGUCACUCUGGAGUACACUCAGUUGAAGCCUUAUGAAGUCAGCAGUCGCACAGAUGAACAGGAAUUCCUUGAGAAAUACCACAAACCUACUGAAGAAAGUCCUGUGUCCGGUCUUCUUCUCGUGGUCGUUCAUGGUGGUGAGAAGCUAUUGUCAAUGGAUGAUGACGGGUUUAGUGAUCCCUAUUGCAUUAUAGCAGCUGAUAGAGAAAAGAUAAGAACCACUCCUCACGUCUCGGGAUCUGUCAAUCCUGUGUGGGAAUCUGUGGUGGAGUUCCCCGUCAAAGACUUUACAAAGACCAAUGUUUCCUUUCUGGUGUAUGACCGUGACGUAAACUGGCAGGGUCAAUCCGAUGACUUUAUGGGAUCCUGUAACCUGCAAAUGACUUUGGAUGAGCCUGCAAUCAUCAAACGAAAGUUAGAGUUAAAGUAUAAAGUGUUUGGAAAGAAGAGAUCAGAUGACUCUAUCAUGAAGGCAGGCUCACUUACAGUUUCAGCGGUGUUUCAACCCAUCGAGUCGGUCACCAAAUCAGAGAAAGAACCUGUAGCUGGUGGCUUAGUGGAGGGUGAAGAUAUCGAUGAUAUAAAUGAACACGCCAAAAAACACACCAUGAAGAGCAGUAUGAAGAUCAAAAGACAAGUUGAGGAAAUGAUGUUGAUCAAAGAGCUUGGUGUUCUAGUGAUAACACUUCUCCAAGGUAAAGAAAUGGUUGCCAUGGACAGUAAUGGCCUUAGUGAUCCAUUCUGUGUGGUGCGCGUUAACAAUGCGAAGAAGUUCAAAACCAACGUGGCGUAUGAAACUCUGUCCCCGGUGUGGAACGAAUCCGUCUCCAUAGCCAUGCCACAAGAAGGAGAUAAGAUUUCUUUCGAUGUCUUUGACAAAGAUGUUUUUCAGAAUGACUUCAUGGGAUCAGUUCCAUUGACCGUCGAUGACGUAAAAGAAGCUGCUAAGAAAAGAGAACCUCAGUGGUUUAAGCUUCAAGAGGCUGACUCAGGAGAAAUUCAACUUCAAUUCAAAAUUUCUAGGCCGGGCGAGCAGGAAGAGGCUGAGAAAGCGGGGGAAAUGCCGUCACAACCGGGAGAAAGCGGAAAUGACUCGGGCAUCAGUGAUGCUGGGGAACAGCCUGAGGCACCGAAAGACGUAUUCGAUCUUACACUGAACAAGAUGGACGAGUACGUAGAAAGUCGGAUUCCACCUUUGUUUUAUAGCGUGUCAGGAGAAAUCAUUCAAGCUUCAGAAAUAACAGGUUGGGGUACAUUCCAGAUUAGAGCACGGGUUGAGAUUCCUCGUCAUGGCCGUAAAAGCAGUGUCAAGUAUGAAUACAUUUCAAUGUGCACCACUCCCCAACUUGCUCCUGAGAGUGGAAUGGCAAAAUGGAAUUAUAUCUUCCAAACAGCGGGAGGAACAGCCAUAUCAAAUGAAGCAGGAUUGGUUUUUGAACUGAGAGACGCCAAGAAAAAAGUGGAGGGAAAAGCUAGGAUCUCGAUGCAGGACUUCUUCAAAGACGUAUUUGUCAAGAGGGAAAGAUCAAACACUGGCAGCGGAUCUGAAGGAAAAUAUUCAGAAACCAAAUGGCUCAAUCUUGAAAACGACGGAGUGCCCGUUGGUCGUCUUCAAGUAAUGAUGUCAUACUCAGACACUCCAGAUGCACCUGUAGCCCCGACUACGCUCAAGAAACGCUCCAUAUUGAAAAGAUUUUCUUCAAAUUCAAAUCUUUAGCUCCGUCUGCAAAAUAUAUGUGGGGUAAAGACUGUUAUAAUAUUAUGCGCUGUGCACGUGGAAUGAAAGCAAUGGUCAAAGGAACUCAAGUUUGAGACAAAUAAAAAGAGCACAGUUUGAUUGAGAGUUGUAAAAUUUGUUGUCAAUUUUUACAAUGAAAAAUAUUUCGAGUGGCCACUAAGAACUAAAAUUAAAACCAUGGAAAGAGGGGGAAAGUCUGGUUGCAUUAAUUUGUUUGAAGGACGGUUUGGUUUGAAGGAGUUUUAUUGACCAAUCACAGAGUGAAGUGAAUUUAUGCCAAUGCAAUCCCGGAUUACCAUGAACACUCAUUUGAUGAUAGAACAAAUUUUCAACUGAGUGUAGAAAGUAAUCUCGGAUUGUUUUUGUUUGCCUUAUUUCGCCCUGUGAUUUGUCAAAAAAACCUCGCACCACCCUCUCGACCAAUCAAAUGCAACCCUAAAACAAGUCAAGACUCGGUCGCUCACGUUUUCCUGCGCUUUAGGCAGUUUGGCAGUCAUGAUCCUCUUUGGUUCAUUUCCUUAAUUCUGAUUGGCUGUUGUGACUACGUUGGUUUUGUUUUUACGACUCUCAAUCGAAAAGCGCCUCAUGAUACAAAUCAUACACCGAGUGCACAAGGCGGGUCAUUAGUUGUACACUGGGGAAACGCAAAUUUUUCCAAGUGUUUAAUAUUUUCUUAUUAAAGGGGAUUCAAAGUAGAAUUUGUUUUAUAUAUUGAGCUAUAUAGACACACGUAUUUUAUAGACAAAAAGCAACUCUAGUGCAAAAACGUGACAUCCAAGCCUCUUGAAAACGCGUAGAUAGCGAUUCAUAAUUUUUGCAAUAUGUUUAAUCGAAGUUUGAAAAUAUGCAAAAGGCCUGCCAUUUUGAUACCGCCGAAAGAUAUCAUUGAGAAAAUCAUAAAUCGUGAUAUGACUAUAAUUGUUUGAUAUCAGGUCUUAUAAUUACAGCAGGGACACCGAGCAAAUUCAGAAUGGUACUGUACGGUUAUGUUCAUAUCUUUCGUUAUGAUAAGCGAUCUAGAAUGAUUCUGAUGUUUAUUCAUCUUUAUUGUGAAUAAUUAAUUUAGGAGAUUCUUUAACAUAGUUGUAUAGGGUAUAACCCAACAAUAUGGAGGUACUUUGGAAUUCGAAUGAGGGUUUUUAUUCUUAAUAUCUUUCUUUGCCUUAAGAUCUAAUAGGCAGAACAAUAGCCAAAAAAUGAUGUUAAAUUCCCAUUAAGAACUCAUACCUGCUCCCACACGUUAUGCGCAUGCCGAAGUCUAGGAGAGGAGCCUUAAGAGACCGUGAACACAUCCAGCCAUGCGUAAAAUUCUCCCUAAAAUGAACAUUCAAUUUUUCCACCUCUUCCCUAGUGUUGCCUUCCUGACUGCCUAACGUCCCUAAAAUUAUUCUCUCUAAGUAGUUACCAUUUGCCUUUAUUUCGCUAACUGCUCUAAUUGAGUCGUGUCGAAGAAAACAUACCAUAGUGGAAAACUACUCCUGUUCAGCCCCACUCCUUAACAUCAGCAACAGGGAAGUUCUCUUCAACCCAGCUUCCCACGCGCUGUAGAGUAACCUUAUCAGAAAAUGAUAACGUUCCGAAACUUAAAGGGCCGCUUAUUUAAACGAGAUCGAACCCAAACCGCGGUUAUACGCAAGAAGUGGGCCUUGGUGAUUCUCCAUAAGAGGGUUGAUUUCAUUUAAACAGAUGUCCGUCUACUUUAAGGUUUCGGCCUGUUGACACUGUUCAAAAAAAUUUGAUUCUUAGAUAAAAGGUUCGGCUAAAUUGAAGAUGGCUUAGAACGCGGUUUUGUUACACGACGACUAAACUUUGUUUAAAUAACCGGCCCAAAUUAUUGGAAGAGUAAUUGAGAUGCACAAGGGUUAUACCUCAUUUGAAAGAUAACAAAAACAAAGGCGGUGAUUAUCCAUGUUUUGUUUAUUCAUUCAUUUAUUUAUUGAUGUAUUCAUUUUUUCUGAAGCAUUUAACCAAGCCGAAAUUCAGUUUCUCGUAAUUUUAUUGGAUGAUUACGUGCUCAUAGCCAGCCCAGUCAGUUAAGCGAUAGGGGGAACACGGAGUGGGAUUAUUCAGCGUUAACGAAUCUGGUUGCGUAUUUUCAAUUUGCAAGGGCCUUGGAACAAAAGUUUAUAUGAUACUUUCAUUGAGAAUCUAUGCUAAAAAAUGUUAAGGUCAUUGGUCUCUUAUCAGUGGAAAAUACUUCUCUAAUCACGCCCGAGAAACAUACCUUUUUCAGCUCCGGAAAACUGAUUUUAUCUCGACACAGGUUAGAAAGUAUUUUGAGAAUGUCGUCUGCUGAAAUGGUAAAGGUCUUGAAAUCGAUCCGUGUCAAACAAUUAUGGUAACUAAUACCACUUGAAACAUUUGUAAAAGA